AUCCACUGACCGCUGCCAACUCACAGUGAGGAUCGCGACGACUCCACAGCUCGGGGACACUAUCUCACAACGGUUCUUUUUUUUUAACCGAGCGUGUUAUUUUUGCUGCAUUUUCGUGUCAAGUUCAGGACCCGAGGAAAACGAGCUGCUCUGUUAUGGCCAAAGGAGAAGGAGGUGAACAGUCUUCCAACGCCAGUUUAUUAAACAAACCGGUCAGCUCGGAUGGCAUCACGCUCGCGAGGAAGCACGAGCAAAGGAACAGGUUGUCAGUCUGCAACAAGAUAUGCUAUGCCAUCGGCGGGGCCCCGUACCAGAUCACUGGAUGUGCCCUUGGCUUCUUUCUGCAGAUCUAUCUGCUGGAUGUUGCUCAGCUCGAUCCCUUCUAUGCUUCCAUCAUCCUGUUUGGGGGGCGAGCAUGGGACGCGGUGACGGAUCCCACAGUGGGAUUCCUGGUCUCCCGAAGCCCAUGGACACGAUUUGGACGCAUGUUGCCCUGGAUCCUGCUGUCCACCCCUCUGGCUGUGCUUUCCUAUUUCCUCAUUUGGUAUGUUCCUCCCUUUGAGAACGGCAAAGUCAUCUGGUACCUUUUCUUCUACUGCCUCUUCCAGUCACUUCAGACUUGCUUCCAUGUGCCGUACUCUGCCCUCACCAUGUUCAUCAGCUCGGAGCAGAAAGAGCGAGACUCGGCCACUGCCUACAGGAUGACUGUGGAGGUUCUGGGCACUGUGCUUGGUACUGCGAUCCAGGGGCAGAUUGUCGGCAUGGCCAACGCGCCCUGCCUCCCACGACCCAGUGACAUCAUAGCGGGCCUCAACAACUCGGCUGCCGGAUUCAACAGCUCUGACUCUGUCAUUUCCCUGGAUCACACGAAAGCCGCCUACAUGAUUGCCUCUGGUGUCAUCUGCUUGAUCUAUGUCCUCUGUGCUGUCGUUCUUUUCUUUGGCGUGAGAGAGCAAAAAGAUUCAUGCCGGCCCAGGUCCGAGCCCAUGUCUUUCUUCCAGGGAAUUAGGUUGGUGAUGGGGCACGGACCGUACGCCAAACUGGUCAUGGUUUUCCUCUUCACCUCUCUGGGUUUCAUGCUCCUGGAGGGAAACUUCGCCCUGUUCUGCAGCUCCACACUGGGAUUCAGAAACGAUUUCCAAAAUAUUCUGCUGGUCAUCAUGCUUUCCGCUACUCUGGCCAUCCCGUUCUGGCAGUGGUUUCUCACUCGCUUUGGAAAAAAGACGGCGGUUUAUGUUGGCAGCUUGGCCGUGAUGCCCUUCUUGAUCCUGGUGGUGUGUGUGAAGAGUAACCUGAUUGUCACCUACAUUGUCUCCCUUGCUGCUGGCGUGGGAGUGGCCUCAGCCUUCCUGCUGCCCUGGUCCAUGCUGCCUGAUGUUGUUGAUGAUUUCAAAGUGCAGAACCCCACCUCCACCGGCCACGAAGCGCUCUUUUAUUCCUUCUACGUUUUCUUCACCAAAUUUGCCUCUGGAGUCUCGCUGGGUGUUUCCACUCUCAGUUUAGAUUUCGCCGGCUACUUCACUCGAGGCUGCACUCAGCCAGACGAAGUGCAUUUAACCUUGAAAAUGCUGGUUUCGGCUGCCCCCAUCGUUCUCAUCUUCAUCGGUCUGGGGAUAUUGUACUCUUAUCCGAUCGACGAGGACAAGAGGCAAGGCAACCGCAAACUGCUACAGGAACAGAUGGACAGUGAGACGGAUUCAGAAACGGAUUCAGCAGAGUUGGCAAACAUGGUCUGAGGACAUUUAAGAUGACCUAUGGACCAGUAAGUUUGAUCAGCUCGAAUUUUGCACUGGACAGGACCAACUGACCCUGGGCCUGUCGGAUCAUACAGACACUACAUUGUCCAGUCCCACUGCGCCGGAUCCACGUCUCCACAAACUUGUCUGCUGUCUUUCUAAAAAAAAAAAAACUUACCACCUUGUUGACACAUGAAAUUCUCUUUCUUCUUUUGUCCAGUCUGAUGUCAAAAGCUUCUCCAUUUCUGUUAAAAGUACACAAAAACGAUAAACUGUGAUGGGAUCAUGUUUUGUCACUAUUGCCAUUUUCGGUGCUACCACUUACAACAUAAAUGGCCUUGAGCACUGGACUACAAACAGUUUUAUAGUUGAGAGAUGUAGGCUUUGUAAGACACUUGAACAAACAGUGAUGCCUUAAUUUCAGCCCUGGUUUAGGGUUAAAAUUUAGAAAACUGAUCUUUGUGCCAGACUCUUGCUCCGAGUCACCGACUAGUGUGCUCUGAGAAUUUUUUUAAACACGUUUUUUGUAAUUUUACAGAGUCUCCUCAUAGUUUUCUGAAACAGCCAGUUUCCAUCUCAUUCCUGUCCCUCUGUUUUUUUUUUUCUUUUUUCCUUCUUUCCUAUGGAAGACAUGAUAAAGUGCUGUUGGAACAAGUGGGCAGACAGUAACAGUCUGAAUGGCUGACUGUAGUUCCUCACCGUCAUACUGAAACCACUAUAUUAGUAAAAGCUGAUAGCUUGCACAAAUAACAGCAGUGCUUCUCCACCAAUUUGAAAUAGUUAGCUUUUUAUUUAUAGGAUGGCUACUGAAGACCUGGUGACUACAACCGGUACUAAUUAUUUAAGUAUUUAUUAGUUUCGAUUUUACUGUCGUUGAAUGCAUGUUUGCUGGAAAGUCGUGCUUCUUGCAGUAUUUAAAUCUAUUUAAAGCCUGUAAGGUUGUUGUUUUUUUUCCAACUAAAUGAAGAGAACAGUGUCAAGGUUUGUUUGUUUUUUUUUAAAAAAAACAAAAAACUGAAAAGACUUUCACAUCUUUUUAUUGCACGUUUCCAUCGCGACUGUCUCUUUUCCUUAUGCAUUCAAAAAGGGAAGCACAAUUGUGAAAAAAAAGAUGGGAAGUUGUGGAAGUCAACUUGUCUCCUUUUUUUUUUUUCAAAAAUGUAUUCUUUUUUGUAUAUACUGUAUAUGUGUUCGAUGCGACAACCAAGACGUUUGGUGAUCAUCACAAUCCCUGUACUGAAAAGGAGUAUUUACAUAUUUAUGUCUGUUGAUAUAAAAGAAAAAUGUGUACAGUCUCAUAUGUCAUACAUAAUGUUACAUCUUUGACAUGUUGUCUCUUGCCAAUGUGAAAAAUGUCCAUUUGUAUAAUUCACUUUAUUCUUUUGUUGCCUCGAGAGUCUCCUGAAGUCCAUAUUACUUGAUUCUGUACAUACCAACACAGUGCCAUUAUCUCACGCAAACUUUGUUGUAAUUGUACAUCUUGUAAAUACCAUUCUAUUAAGUCUGUCCCUUUUUUUUCUCAUGGCUUCAUAAGUGAACGUCCCUCGUGGCUCUUGAGGCUAUAGCCAAAAUGUGUGAGCUUUAUUCCAUGUGGACGCACGUGGAAAGCCUUGUGAAUGUGCCUCUUGUGCAUAUGUAGAUAGUGUAUGUAAGAAAACCUGUAAAUAUCUUUGAUAUUUGUGGCUGCAAGUGAAAUGAACUUAUGUACAUUGUACUGUAGUUAUUUAAGGAAACAUGUUGGGUCUGAAAAAAAGGUUAAUAAAUACUAAUAAGUGUACUGUGAA